GAAGCCGUGGAGUUUGAUAGGGUUGUGUUAAUCGGCUUUUGAAGAAAUGAGUAGAAAAUAUAGUUCAAGAGAUGACCAAAGACGAGAUAGAAGCCCAUCGGGUACAAGGAGAUCAAGGUCAAGAUCGCCCUAUAAUGAGUCUAGACAUGCCCGUUUAAAGGACAGGUCUUAUGAAAGAAAAAGAAGUAGAGAACGAUAUUCUAGUCGUAGUGGACGAGACCAUACAGGAUCAUAUCGCCCAGACAAUGAUCCAUAUGUGCGUAGACGUAGUGUUUCACCUGUGGGGAGACAUAGUGUAUCGCCACAAGGAUAUAAAAAUGCAAACCGAUCAUCAGAAUUGAAGGAUGAAUCAGUAUCAUCAAAGCAUAUGAAAUCGGAUAUUAAAGCACUGAAUAACCUUAAAGAAGAUGAUAUCGAUAAUGAGACAUCACAAAUGGAAGCUAUGCUUGGAUUCUCUGGGUUUAAGAGUACUCAUCAGCAAAAAAUUGAAGGUAAUGAUGUUGGUAGUGUAUAUAAAGUUAAACCGACAAAAUACCGACAAUAUAUGAAUAGAAGAGGAGGAUUCAAUAGACCAUUAGAUACUGAUAAUCCUAAGCGAUAAU